GGAAGUAGCUGUCUGAACUGUGUGAGGAGAAAGAUCCACAGCUGUCAGACGCUCUCCUGUCUUCUGUUGUGAAACGAAACGGUCGGAUUUGACUUGGACUUGUUGUUCAGAUGGCCAGCUCAACGAACGAGUCGGUACUAACGUUAGAAAAGAAUAGAGAAAGAAAAUUCACUGAUCCUUCGACCAAAUCUCUCCCAAGAGUAUCACAUCAUGCGGGGUCUGGCACCCAGGCUAAAUUCUGCUAUAUUAUCCUACUUCUAGAAGCGCUGAAGGAUGUCAUCAAUGCCUUCACGGUUCCCGAGAACAUGGCGCGUAUGGAAGAGGCGCGGGACCAGGCGGGGAACGACAUGAUGAAGAUGAUGCAGAUCGUGUUUCCCGUGGCGACACAGAUCCAGCAGGAGGUCAUACAGAAGUACGGCUUCUCCGCAGACGGAGAUGGAGCGGUUAAAUUUGCAAAUGCUAUCCGUCAGUAUGAAAUGGAGGACCAAGAGAUCGCUAACUUGUCCAGCAACCUGAAAUCCAUGUUCCUGCCCCAGAUGGCCACACCCCCCACCCCCGCACAGGACGUCGCAACAUCAUAGGAUACACUCUGUCAUUGUCAUACAGAUAAUAGGACUUUCUUACAAACAACAAAGCCACCUCAAAGAUGAUUGGCUGCAAUAUGAUGUAUGUUUUUGUCACUGGACAGUCAGUAUUUCUUUUGAGAACGUAGCAGGCAUAACCUCUGCUGGUGGAAUACUACAUUGAACAUUUCCACUCCAAAUGACUCAGUUGUUGUUGUCAGAAAAGAGUUUUACACAGUUGUACAUGUAUCAUGUACUGUUUCUUUGGUUUGUAUUUUGAAAUGUUGCAACACAUUCUCAUGUUUUUUAAAGGAGUAGCUGAGUAUGUGAGAUUCAGUCAGUGUCUAUAUACACGAUUCAAGAUCAACGCAUUGAUGUAUUAUUUGUAUGUCACAUUUAGGAAGAAUAUGAAGCGUACACUAAUAUUUUAGAUUUUGAAUGAAGAGCAUUAACCUUAAUAUACAUGUAUUAAAAAUGAAUAUGUGCACAUAUGUAUUUUAUAGCAGUUUUUCUGUGAGAUAGUUUAGCCUUUGGAGCUGUUUGUCAGUGGCUGAUUGGGCCUGAACAGUAGAGGGCCUGCUAGAAGCAUGUAGUCAGGCUAGCUUCAAAGGUCAUUUUAAUAAUUUUGUAUUUCCUAGAUAAAAGCUCUUUGCAUAAACAAAACAGUAGGCAGUAACUUGUACUGCUCUGGACUCAUUAUUGUAGUUAACAUUAUUAUGAUAAAGAGCUUAUAAGAGGUAUUUCUUCCAUUCUUUGACUUAAUAGGACAAUGCUUUUCAUUUAUCAUUGCACCUAUUACAGCAACAAUCUGAAAAAGUUCUGUUCUUGAUAAUUUUGACUUAAUGAGCCAGUAUCCUACUGUAAUAUACCUAGCAAUGCAACAACAAUUUAUACUACCACACAUACCUUAAGUAUAACAUAUUAGCUAGCUUUAGAGUAUGAACGUUGUAUAUAUCAAUCACACUUUUCAUUUCAUGUUUGUUGAAUUAAUUAAACAUUAUUUCCACAUA